AUGGAUUUACUUGAAAAACUUUUGCGUGGUAUUUAUAGUUAUGAUUUUGAACAACCGACUGCUCUUCAACAACGUGCUACCAAACUUUGCAUUUUGCAACAAAUCCAUGAUGUGAUUGAAAUCAUGCCACAAAAUACCCAGAUAAUUUUUCUAUCAGCUACUUUCCCGAGUAACGCACUCGAAGUAACAACAAAAUAUAUGAAGGAUCCAAUUAAAAUUGUUGUCACCGAAAAAGAAUUAACACUCGAAGGCGUUCGUCAAUUGUAUGUUACAGUCUCACGUGAGGAAGAAUCGAAAUUCGAUGAACUUGUUGACUUAUACGAAAUGAUAGCCGUGCAAUGUAUUAUAUUUUGUAACACACGUCGAAAAAUCGAUUGGCUAACAGAAAAGAUGCGCUCACGAAAUCUCGUUGUAUCAUCCAGGCAUGGCGAUAAGGACCAAAUAGAACGUGAUGAUACCAUGAAAGAAUUCAGAAUAGGUUCUACUCAGGUUUUAAUUACGACUGUUUUAAGUGCACGUAUUACUGAUGUACAAAAAGUUAGUGUUGUUAUUAAUUAUGACUUCCCAAACAAUCGUGAGGAUUAUAUUGACCGUGUUGGCCGAAAAUGUGUCACGGUUAAUUUUGUUACAGAUGAGGAUCGAGUAAUGUUACGCUAUAUAACAUGCGGUACAAAAGUCUUUGCAAUAAUGUCAAACGGUGUUAGACCAUGUUGA